AUGAAACGUCUAUGCAAAUCGUCAAAUAAAAGCGUAGUUGAGUUGUCUGAGGACAUCAUAAUUGAAAUAUUACAUCGUUUGCCUUCAAAAUCUCUGGCAAGGUUUAUACGUGUGAGUAAGCAUUGGCAGAAGUGUAUUGCUGAUCCAUCUUUGGCUUAUAGUUGUCGUUCUCAACGAUGGAGUCCUCACCCUUACAUGAUAGGUUUCUUUUGUCAAAGUAGAGUCAUCGGCUCUGAAAUUCGUUUUUUAGACUUGUCGAGGAAAACAUCAUCAGAAGUGAUUGAUGGUAGUUUAGAUGAGUUAGUCAAUUUCCUUGGCAGGAGAUUGUAUAUUAUUGCAUCCUCUAAUGGUUUCCUUCUUAUCGCUGAGAAAAGAUCAAAUCAGAGGGUUUAUUAUGUUUAUAAUCCUGCAACGAGGCAGCAUUUUUCCGUCCCUGUAACUGAAACAUCCUGUAUGAAAGUAGCAGCCAUCGGAUUUGAUUGUAAAGUAGAUGACCCUGAAAAAGAUGUGAUCUCCUUUACUAUAGUUCGUUAUGAAAUAUGGUAUUUUCUUCGUUCGAGUGUAACAAUUGAAAGCUUCUCUUCUGAGACUAAUGUGUGGACUACCAUCUAUCUCACGCUAGAUGUACCUAUCAAAGUCUGUCUUUCAUGUUAUAGGAAAUUAGCAUCAGCUGGGGUAAUCGAUGGAGUAUUCUGUUGGAUUGACCACGGAGCACAGAUCCUUUUUUAUGAUAGUGUCAAUAGGCACUUCUGGGCUUUGCGAGUGAAUGCCUUGGAACCUUGGUAUCUUGGAGUAUCGGGUGGAGUUCUCUGUUAUGCAUCGUUGUACGAGGGAAAGAUUACUAUGUGGUGCCUUGAGAACAAUAUUCGUAGUCCAGAUGCAGUAUGGGUCAGGAAAUAUGAUGCAAAUUUAAUCGAUGCAUUAAGAAAUAAUCCUCCAUUGGGUUUAGAAGCCGCGGUCAUGUGUGUGGAUAUUCAUCCUGCUAAUCCACACAUCGUUUAUCUGAAAAUAAAUGGCACCAUUGUUUCAUAUGACUUGGAAAAGAAUAUUAUGGAAUUUUUGUAUGAAAUCGGAGAUGGAAACUACUUAUUCUUUACUUACGAGUGGCAUCAAUGGCCUCGUCUUCUCUAA